GCGGGAUCCCAGGCAGGUCUCGUGCCGUGUGACCCACAGAACCCCGCCUUCGAGUCUACCUGCUGUGGCGCCGCGCGCCUGUUGAGCGCGUGCAUUCUGCGUAAUGGCCUCAGUACUGUCAGGCAGUUUAAGCUCCCGGCCCUUCAUGGAUUACGAGACGAGGAUCUUCCCUCACCUCGGCGGGUACGGACGUUACAACCGUGUGCUGGUGAUUUUCAGCUGGUUCCCCGCCUUCGCGGUCACUCUGAACCUCGUCAGCGGUCAUUUUUUCACCUUGAUCCCAGACACUUACCACUGCAGAUCGGACCCGAGCCUGCUGCCUUCAACUUUACAACCCAGUAACUUCUCCAAGCAGGACUACCUGAACCUCACCAUCCCGUGGGACGGUGACUCCGGCUCCUUGAGCCACUGCGAACUCUUCAAAUACCCUCCAAAUGUGUCGGACUUGUCGGGGAAAGUGCCGCGGGAGAGGGUGUCCUGCACCCGGGGAUGGGAAUACUCAAGCGCAGCUGGACUUCAAAGUAAUAUCGUUACGGACUGGGACCUAGUUUGCAGCAAUUACUGGAAGAUCCCCCUGCAGCACAUCUGCUUCAUGGUGGGAUGGAUUGUGGGAUACAUUUUUAUGGGAACAUUGUGCGACUGGUUGGGUCGACGGCGGGGUUUCCUGCUCUCUGUAGGGCUCUCCAGUCUGUUUGGGGCAGUCGUGUGCUUGUCCUGGAGUCUGGUAGCGUUUCUUCUCAUGCGUCUCUUACAAGGCGCUAUGCUGGCCGGUGUGUUUGUGUCCUCCUACAUUGCCAGGCUGGAACUGUGUGACCCUCCCAGUCGUCUCAUGGUUGCCAUGGUGGGAAGCUUCGUCUCGGUGUCUGCAGAGCUGCUGUUACCGGGCUUCGCCGUUCUGUGUCGCGAUUGGCCCAUUCUUCAGGCGGUGGCCACUUUGCCGUUGCUGGCGCUGCUGUUCUCGUACUGGUGCUGUGCAGCCGUUUUUCCUGAAUCUCCUCGUUGGCUUCUGGCCACGGAUCAGAUUCCACAAGCCAAGAAGAGUUUCCUGGAAUUUGCCACCAGAAACGAUGUUUACCUGGAUGAGUUCUUUCCAAUGUUGUUGGCAGAGAUGGAUUCAACGUAUGGAGAAGACUGUCGACCCAAGUUCCAUUCAGUUCUGGCGUUGCGUCGGACACGUGUUAUGUGGAAGAACUGUCUCAUUCUAAGUUUUACUUUGUUCAUUGGGACGGGCAUCCAGUACUGUUUCACCAGAAACCUGCACAACUACAACAACAACUUCUACUUCACCUACUUCCUGCGAGUGAUAGCGGGGGCACUGGCAUGCAUCUUUAUAUGCUUGUCCGUCAAUCACUUUGGCCGGCGGGGGAUUCUUCUGCUCUCUGCCAUCGUCACUGGGUUGUCCUCGCUGCUGCUGCUGGCGCUCACACAGUACCUCCAUGACGGCCUGGUGCUGGUGCUCUCUGUGCUGGGUUUGCUGUUCUCUCAGGCUCUCUCCAUGCUCAGCGCCUUCUUCGCCUGUGAGGUGAUGCCUACUGUAAUCCGAGGGGGCUGCCUGGGCCUGGUGCUGGCAGCGGGUUGCGUCGGCAUGGCCGCCUCCUCCCUUAUGGAGCUGCAGAGCAGCAGCGGCUACUUCCUCCACCACGUCGUCUUCGCCUCCUUCGCCGUCCUCUCCGUUCUCUGCAUAAUGCUCCUCCCCGAAAGCAAACGCAAAUCUCUGCCGGACUCCCUGAAGGACGGUGAGAGCCAGCGGCGACCGCCCCUCUUCCUGUCGCGUUCCGACAACAUGCCUUUGCUGCCCACCUGCCAGCCUUUGUCUGAGUACAACCCCGAUAACUACUCUAGACUGGCUUCUGCCACGAGGAGCAUGUUGACCAAAGACAGUCUGCCGUACAUGAUCGCUCCUGAGAUUCUCUAAAAUAGGAUCUGGAGUCAGAGCAGAGGACUCUUAGACGACAGGAGCACAGGUCCACAGGAAGCUCAUUUUAUAACUGUAAAGACUCCUACUUAAUCACACCCAUUUUCCCAAAGAUUCCUCUAACUCCCACUAAAAACUCGUCACAAGCUGCUCAGCUCAGCUGAGACCUGACCUUGGCCAGGAUACCGUGCACUUUAGAGCGAUCGCAGUGAGUCUUUUCGGGAACUCUCACGUUCUUCUUUCUGUGCCAACCAAGAGCAUCAACAGGGCCGGCUCAAGGCAUUGUUGAGACGACUCAGGAGACCACCUGAUAAUGCAGAUAACUGUGCCAAACCUGCUGUAAUGCGUAUAUUUAAAUGAUGAAAUGUAACUUUUCUACAGAAAGGAGUACUUUUCAUUGGAUAACAUGUUUACCUCCUCAGAAACAAUUCUGGUUACAAACCUUCAGAGUUUUCGGUUAAACCUUGAAGUAAGUAGACUUAGUGAAAGGAUGAUCACUCUGUGACCAGAGGAAAAAUAGACAAACCACUGAAUUGUUGGUGCUUCUCAUCCGUUAUCUUCUUUUUUUUUUAAUUUAACGUGAAUUGUAUUUAAAUAUGAAAUGCCAAGCAUCUAAGAUGUUGCACAUGUUUAAGCCUAUGUUACUGGAGCUGUUACUUUUAAGGUCGACCAUAGUGUGGUCAUGUGUGUUUAAGCUAAUGUUCUUGUUUCACUCCUUCAGUCAGAGUCAGAUCUGUUUUUGCACUCAAUGCCAACACCAUCAUUUUGUAUUCUACAUGUUGUUCUGUAUGUUAUUCUGCCCUAGAAAUAUUAACACUUUUCUGUUUAAACCAGGAAA